AUGACUUGCAUUUUGAAACUGAUCUUGUUGUCUGUUUUGCCUCUGGUUUGCGCCGUGCCUGCGCAAAAGAAAGCAGCCACAGCUAACCCAACCGUUGUCAUUCCCAAGGCCAAGGCCACUGUUGUUGGCUUCACUGGUCUCAACAAGAUUGAUAAGUUCAAUGGCAUCCCGUUCGCACUGCCACCAACUGGCCCUCUUCGGUUGAAACCACCUCAACCUAUUCAAACUUCCCUUGGGACCAUCAAGGCUACGUCUGCUGCAAAGUCCUGCCCGCAAUUCCUGUUCAGCACCGACAAAAGAGACAUUCCUAGCUCGAUAAUCGCGAAGCUCACUAAUGUUCCAAUCUUCCAGGAGAUUGCCAAUUUUGGCGAGGACUGUUUGACUCUGGAUGUGCGUCGUCCGUCUGGAACCAAGUCAAACGCAAAGCUACCGGUGCUGGUCUGGAUCUUUGGUGGUGGCUUUGAACAAGGUUCCACCGCAAUCUAUGAUGGAUCGAACUUUGUGACAGCUUCUGUAAAGCUGGGGAUGCCCGUCAUCUUUGUCGCCAUGAACUACCGUCUUGGAGGGUUCGGGUUUUUGCCCGGCGCAGAGAUCCAGAAAGAUCGGUCCGCCAAUCUAGGACUUCUGGAUCAGCGUCUUGCUUUACAAUGGGUCGCAGACAACAUUGCCGCAUUUGGGGGAGAUCCAUCCAAGGUCACCAUUUGGGGUGAAUCUGCUGGCGCCAUCUCCGUGUUUGACCAGAUGGCCAUGUAUGAUGGCGAUCAUACGUACAACGGUGCACCACUUUUCCGCGGUGCCAUCAUGAACUCUGGCAGCAUGGUACCUGCAAAUCCGGUCAAUGGCACGAAAGGCCAAGCUGUGUAUGAUACUGUCGUUAAGAACGCUGGCUGCCGCGGCGCCAAUGAUACGCUCGAAUGUUUACGCGAACUGGAUUAUACCAAAUUUCUCAACGCUGCCAACUCGGUCCCGGGCAUCUUGGGUUAUAAUUCGGUCGCUGAGUCGUAUUUACCUCGCCCAGAUGGCACGGUCUUGACUGAAUCACCGGACCAACUAGUCCUCCAGGGCAAAUAUGCCCCGGUGCCAUUCAUUGUCGGCGACCAAGAAGAUGAGGGGACUAUCUUUGCUCUAUUUCAAAGCAACUUGACAACAACCGAUCAAGUCGUGGAUUAUCUACAGAACCUAUUCUUUUUUGAUGCCUCGCGACAACAGCUUACAGAUCUCGUUGCCACCUAUCACGAUUUCAAAGAGGACGGCUCACCCUUCCGCACGGGAUCCCUUUAUAACUGGUACCCACAAUAUAAACGACUGGCAGCCAUCCUGGGCGAUCUAACCUUUACCCUCACCCGCCGGGGUUUCUUAAGCUACACCCAGAAAGCGAAACCAGAUGUUCCCUCUUGGUCCUACCUGUCAUCUUACGACCGUGGCAUUCCCUUCCUGGGAACCUUCCACGGAUCCGAUGUUGUCCAGGUGUUAUAUGGGAUCCUGCCAAACUACGGAUCUAAAUCUUUGCAUUCAUACUUCCUGUCGUUUGCGUAUGAACAGGACCCAAAUGCAAAUGCUGGAGAUUAUAUGGAGUGGCCACCAUGGGGUAACAAUCAGUCGCUGAUGAAUUUCUUCAUUGAUCAUGGUGCCCUCUUGCCGGAUACCUUUCGUCAGGAUAGCUAUGAGCAGAUUAUGGCGGAUCCUGCUGCCUUCCACAUUUGA